UCCAACCAUUGCAACACCCCUUGCUACCUUGCGCCGCCAGCCAACUGCCCGCUGCCAGCCCAGUUCAUCAAUACACAUGCAUCCGUCGUUCGUUCCCCUCGUCCUGCUGCCAGUCUAGGAGUUACUGGUACCUCCCCCAGGAUGCAAACAUGUCCGCGCUCAGGGGCCGUCUGGCCAACGUUGCUCGUUACCUUGGCGAUUCUGAGCUGCAUACAUCAACCAGCAGCAGCACUUCGCCGCGUGCGCCGGAGGACGAGAGCUGUGGAAUACCCUCCCUGGCCGCCGUACUUCCCUGAGCCGCCUGCGGAUGGGCCUGCAACAACGGGCGCCGAGCCCCCUCCCCCUCCGCUGGAGUCCGGACCGGCCGCGUACCUGUACGGCGACCAGUCGGUGCUUCUGAAUCCCGACUCAGUGGGGCUGUUGGCGGCCAGCAUGCUGGGGCUGGGCCUGGACGUGUCGCCGCCGCUGCUGCAGCUGCCGGUCGAGCAGCUGGCGGCUCAGAAGCAGUGGCCGGCGGCGCUGGUGGUGCCGCCCCUGUCCGCGGCGGCAAGGCCCGGGGGGCCGGACAGCGGCGGUGGCCCCUGGCACAAAUUGCCUGAGGCGCUGGCGGCGGCGGCGGCCUUCCUGCGCUCCGGCGGUAACGUCGUGAUAUUUGGAGGCGGCGGCGGUGCCGACAACGGGCUGGGCCUUGUAGAGGAGUUGUUGUUGGCGGCGGCUGCGCCCGCGGCGGCUGGGCCCGGGGCUGGCGCGGCUGGUGCACGGCGGUCCUCUGGCUGCAUGGCGGCUCAGGUUUCAGGCGCCUUCUUUGUACAGGCCACCAACGAGGACGGCUCUGACGUGUUGCCGUACAUUGACGGGCUGCCCGUGAUCCUGGUAGACGACAGUACGGCAGCCUCCGUACGCGUACUGGCGUGCCCGCCCAGCAGCGGCGCGAUCCCCUGGUUCGAAUCCCGGAGCGGGAACACUGGUCCGGUGGCGGCAGCGCUGGUCUGGCCCGUGGGCCGCGGGCGUCUGGUCUGGUUGGGCAGCUCGUUCGGUAACAUUGUGGAGGCUGCGCCGUGGGUGUCCGUGGUGCGUGCGGCAGUGGUCGCGCUGCCUAGGGACGCGGCGCCGCCGGUGGGCGGAGGUUCAACGCCUCCCGCAGGCGCGCGCCCCAGCCCUCCACCUGACGUCGAGGGGGCCUUUCCGCCCCCUGUGUACGGACCCGUGUCUGCCACGAGGCCCCCGCCGCCGCCGUACUACGGCAGUGGCGGGCCGGGCAACUACCCGCCGUACGGCGGUUACUGGCCUCUAUCGCCUCCGCCGUACUACGGCGGUUAUUACGGGGGUGGCGGCGGUUACUAUGGAUUUUAUAGUCCGCCGGCAUCGCGUGCGGGGCCGGAUGCGGAUCCCCCGGUCCUGCCCUCCUUCGGCUGCCUGCCGUACGUCGUGAACGGCCAGUGGGACGAGCGGCUCUUCGACGCCGUACAGGUGCCACUGCACGACAGCGAGGGCGGCGGCGGCGGCGCCGUACAGUUUGACCCGGUCAAAUGCGGCAGGGCGGCGGGGGCGGCGGGGUACUUCCUGGCAGGGUUCGUGGCGACGGCGGGCGGCGAGAGCGGUGGCAGGUGCUUCGGACUCGAGUACCCGCCCGACGGCGCCGCCGACCCUCCCAGCAGCAAACCGGAGGUGGUGGGCGGCGGUGGCGGCGGCGGUGGCGGCACGUGCCAGCCCUGCGCGGCCUCGCCCGACUGGGCGCGGCUAUGGUGUGGGGUCGAGGACGCGCGUGGAGAGGGCACGACCGGUUCUGUGUCUUACAUGAGCAUUUAUGAGACGUUUUAUUUCGACUCAGCCACGGAGGCCUAAAUAGCUGGCGGUGGUGGCGGCAGGCGCUUGCUGACGUGGAGGCCGCGUGCUGGCGGUGGGUGUGGGAUUGCCUGCAUAGGCUUGAUUGUGGGACACUGCGCUUGACAUGCAGGGCGGGGUUGGACUAGAACCGCGAUUAGCUUUUAGCCAGUUGCGCACCGUGAACGUGCGGGGGCUCGCACACUUUUUGCAGCUGAUAUGGGCCCUGGCUGAGACUCUAGCCUUUGUGAAUGAUCGAUGCUUGAACUUCCGCCUUUCCCUCUCCUCGUGUUGGCCCAAGCUUGGCGGGGCCGCGAGGGUGUUCUCAUAACUGAGAAUUUAAUGGGGAAAGGCGCGUGCUGGGGUUGUGGCCACGCGGGGUUGUGGUUAGUCGGAGAGAGGUUGACUUGUGAUGUGGCUGCGUGCUGUGCGAGUACCAUUCUGAAGCGCCGUCUGCUAAGAGAGCGAGUGCGUGAUAGGUGAUAGGGGGCACCGUAUUGCGGACCUUCAGGGCCCGAGGGCGCCUUGGGGUCGGCGCUGCACACUCCUGUCAUCCCUCCAUUGUACGAACGCGGGUUACACGGGUGGCGCACAUCCUCGUGACGCCACGGCUCCGUUAUCCCGGUAAUACUUGCACUCACAAAGGUGGCGGUUGAUUUCAUCUUCCUAAGCUUCCUGCACUCCUUGGGAUUCCAUGUUUAGGAGUUGACACGAUGCCAGGAACGUUUACGCGGAGCACCCCGAAGAUUCUACAGCUUGCUCUGGCAUGUUUAAUCCUCAUCU